CCGAUCGAACUCUAGCUCUCGCGCGCGAUGCAUCUUUUUCGCACAUAUAGAUCACAUGAUAAUUGAUAGGGUAAAAUUAUACGUCGACGUGAACUAGACUCUACAGUAAUUUGAAGAGAAUUUGUGCUGAAAUCCCUAAAAAUGGCGAAAGUAAUAGUGUUUGGACUUCUCUUCGGAGUCGUCAUUCUUUCAGCUACUAGUGCAUCUACUGUUCCUGUGGUGGCUUGGUCUAAUACAAGGAACCUGUUUGGCACCCGUCAGAUUUCUGCUGGUGAAGAAAUCAACAGAGCAUCUCUGAAAAAGGACUUUGUAGACCAAGUUAUAGGAGCAGACCGAGAACCUCAGACAAUUAUUGUUGUUUUGAUGAACAAGUUGAAGCUUGGUGAUCUCACCCGAUACAGCAAUGCCUAUGACUCAAACAACCAAGGAGGAAUCAUUCCUCACAUCAAGACCUCUAUGGAAAGCUCUGCGUCAAGCCUGGUUCUUCCCCAGACAGACACAUCUGACCUUCUCGAUGACCUGAUGUCAAAGGUCACAGGAGAAAUCACAGAAAUCAGCAACCCUGUUGAUGUGAAAUCUUUGGCCUUAGAUUCUACAAAGACCAACCUUGUUAUUGUCAGAGUUGAACCCAGUGAUUCUGUGGAGGAACAGCUCAAGGGAGCCGAUAAGUAUGUCCAGAUUCUCAUGGAUAGAUUCAAUGGAAAGACCACCUCAUUCACACUCUUCUUCACUGCUGCACCAACAUCCCAGGACUCAUCCCAUGCUAGCGGACGUCGCCUACUCCAGACCGCUGAGGAUGAUAGUAAGUUUACAUUCGUCAACUUCACCAAAGAUGGUUGUGAGAUGUACUUCUAUGCUUCGGGCAUCAGCGCUCAAUAUGUCAACGAAGAUGGACAGAAGAAUGCUAGCGUGCAGCUUCCUACCACAGGCUGGAUGUCAACUGGAUCAGAAUGUGUGAACAACAAAACUAUCACUUUCACCUUGGGGAUUUCUGAUUUGGAAGGAGGAAAUGGCACUGCCUGGAUUGAGAGUGUAACUUUCAGUCUGGAAUUCAACACGACUGCGAGAAACUUCUGGUAUGUAAGCACUGGUUCUAUCACUGCUAAACUGACAGGGCAGGAGGAAACAACCCAUCAGAUCGAUAUGCAGGUGUUGGAGACUCCAGUAGGAUGGUCCUAUCACUGUGGUGAUAUUGUAAUGGUAGCAAUGGAGAACAAAAAUGCAACCGAAAAUGAAUCCAAAGAUAUGGUCAAUCUUAUCUUCAAGGAUUUUCAGAUUCAACCGUUUGGGAUCAAGAAUAGCAAGUUUUCUCCCGCUAAUGACUGCAUAGGUUACUUCUCCCCCGCUAUUUGGAUGGGUAUCCUGACAGCGUUAAUGGUGAUUGCCAUCGUUGGCUUUGGUAUCGGUAUGAUGUCUACUGUCAAGGUCAUGGAUAAGUUUGAUGACCCCAAGGGUAAAAUGCUCAUGAUCAAUGUUCCAGAGUCUUAAGGUUACUCAUACAGGUGCUUACUUGCUAUAAAGGGAUAUGGUGUGUAGGUUAUUAGAUUCCAUAAUAUGUGAAUUUUACAAUUUGGGAGUUAUAUUUGUGGUACUUUUGAGCAUUCAAAAUCGGUAGAAAAAAUACUCAUAAACGUGUAUGUACGUUUAAAUGUAAGUUGUAUCAGACGAUUUACUUAUUUUUAAGUAAAAACAUUUUGGUGAAGAUGCCAUUAGAGCGAGAAAAAAAAUUGGCCGAAAUUGAAGGAAUUAUAGAAUUUGUGUUACCGGUACAUGUUUUGUUGAUGUGGGGGGAAUUGAAUACAGUUGAGUGGGUUGUAUUGUAGUUAUAAAGUAUCUUUAGUUUUACUGGGAGUACCUGUACAAUGAUGAUUUUAGGUGUAUGUAAUGAUUAUUAGUACUUGCAUACAUUCCCCAUUUGUUAUUACAUGUACACCUCUGUUUAAUGAUUAUUUAGAAAGGCACUGAAAACUCAUUUCAGUAAUCAUCAUCAUGAAUGGUUGACAAAAUUUUAACAUAGAUAUGCAACAUUUUAAAUGCAUAUCUACAAUUUUAUUUUAAGGUUCUCAAUUUAAUCAAUUAUUUGUCUCAAAGUUGUCAAAUAUUGAAAACAGAGUUAAAAUAUGUUAUCAAACUUGUUUCACAUUUAGUCUAAUUUGAUGUAUUACAAGCAAUGCAAGCUGUUAUCUUCUUGGUUUUAUUUACCUUGUAGUUAAAGUUUUGUCUAAAUACCCAUUUGACUUUCUUCUGUGAUGUUCAACCAGUCUUCAAUUUUGUCUACAUAGUAUAUUAAUCAUGUAUUGAUGGUACAUAUCUUGAAUUUAUCAUUGUGCAAUCGUGAGAGAUAAAUAAAAAUGAAUGUUUCCAAUUA